AUGGCUAGUGAGGAUAGUUUUUUAGUGCUAGUACACCAUAGAGGAUCGAUUAAGAGAAAAACUCGCUCCGGCGUGAAGUUCACUGAUAAGGAUCCUCUAUGUAUUAUCGUGAGCCCCACGACCAGCUACGAUGAUCUCGUUAGCUCCGUGCUUGUCAAGCUUGGUCUGGAAGGAGUGAAAAGGGUUAAGAAGUUUUUCUAUCGCAUUCCAACCACGGUGCUCCAUGAUACGGUCAUGUUUCUUUCUCGUAGGCAGUUUCCCGAGGUGAGGACACCAGAGCUGUUGGCAAAGUUGGUUGACGUGGUAUCUAGCUCGGGUGGGUCGAACCGGAAUGCCAAUACUAUAGCCACGGUGGUAGGUUCGAGCUCGAGACCUGCGGUUGCCUCCUCCUCCGUUUCAGUGUAUGAGCCAGCGGUCCAGCCUGCCGCCUCCCCAUCGUUUGCUGUCGAUCUCAGUGGCAAUGUAGGAGACGAGGUUGGAUGUGGGGAACAUCUUCCGACCGAGGCACAGUGUCCUACACCGGCUGGAGUUGGAGAGGGAUUGUUUGAUGAUCCAGAUGACGAUGAUGUCGAGCCGGAUAUGAUCGCUGAUGAAAGCAGCGAUGAUGUUGGAGCGAGUGAUCCGAUAAGGGCUACUGGUGGAUCUAGUUCUGGCAUACAGCAGUACCCACCCCAUUUUUCUUCUUUGGACCUGGAUGCCAUGAGGCAGGAUGAAUAUCCUGGUCAGCUUGGUGGAUUUGGCGCUAGAGAAACGGAAGGGUCUGCCGGUAUGACAGAGUUCCAGGUUGGUCAACAAUUUCAGGAUAAAGAUGAGGCGCUGUUGAGUGUGAAGACCUACAGCAUCCGCCGAGGGGUACAGUACAAGGUUGUCGAGUCUGACUACCGCAGGUACGUGGGAAAGUGUUCUGAGUUUGGGAAUGGGUGCACAUGGUUGAUUCGGUUGAGUCUCCGGCAACGUAAGGGCAUCUGGGAAGUCAAGCGGUACAACGGACCGCAUACCUGUCUCGCCACCUCUAUCUCCAGCGACCAUAGGAUUUUGGACUACCAUGUGAUAGCGACAUUUAUUAUGCCAAUGGUUAGGGCUGACGCAUCCGUCAACAUCAAGGUGCUUCUAAAUGCCACGGCAGCACACUUUGGCUUCAGGCCUACUUAUCGGAGGGUGUGGAUGGCGAAGUAG